ACAUAACAUAAUAAAAUAUAAUAAUUCAUAGAUUUAAAUUGGAAAAUUAUAAUAUGGAAACCAACAAAAACUUGGAUCAAUCAGUAAAUAAAAAUUAUGCAAUAAUACAACGAGAAUUGCUGCGAAAGAAUGAUGCAUUACGAUUUCAUUUUUGGGCAAUGACCAUCUAUCAAACAUAUUAUACUUGUUAUAUGCAGCAUCAUCCAAAUGCUUAUGAUGAACGUAUACGAAUUUUUGAAAAAAUGUUUACGAAUAGUUCUAGCGAAAAUCGUUAUAACAACAAUAUUACAUUCGAUCAACUACGAUCUUAUUCGACUAAAAUGGCUCGCACAUAUUUUCCACGAACACUAUUGAUUCAUUUGAUCAACUCGAAAAUUGAAUAUUGCAACAGUGAAAGUGAACAACAUCAAUUGAAUUUAAGUUUGAAAAUUCAAGAAGCAACUAAGAAUAUCAUAUUCGAACUAGAAUGUCGAUUAAAAUCAAAUGAUGAACCAAUAAAAAUUGAUUUGCCAGUAAGUGUGUAUGUAAAAUUAUUUGUGAUUCACCUUCAUAAUGUUUUUUAAACUAUAGAUUAAAUGUAAUUUUAUGCGAAACAGUAUGAUCAAUAUCAAGAUUACUGAUCAUUGUAAUCAACUUAUAAUUGAUAGAUCGAUGAAA